GCCAACUUUAACUGGUGGACGGGGGCGCCCGUCUGCCAAUCAUCUGAUGUCACAAGGAUUUCUGGUGAUUGAUUGGUGAGCAGGACCAUCUGUCCAAGUUGACCGGGGUGGGGGACGCUCCCUACAUACAGUGGUACCUCAGGUUACAUUCGCUUCAGGUUACAUAUGCUUCAGGUUAAAGACACUAACCCAGAAAUAGUGCUUCAGGUUAAGAACUUUGCUUCAGGAUGAGAACAGAAAUCGUGCUCCGGCGGCGCGGCUGCAGCAGAAGGCCCCAUUAGCUAAAGUGGUGCUUCAGGUUAAAAACACUUUCAGGUUAAGAACGGACCUCCAGAAUGAAUUAAGUUCUUAACCCAAGGUACCACUGCACUGCUAAAGCCCAGAUGCCUCACAUCCCACCUCCAAGCUUCACAGAACUGAUUAUCGUCUCCCAAAGCAACUUGUUGCUGUUGUUUAGUCGCUUAGUCGUGUCUGACUCUUCGUGACCCCUGGACCAGAGCACACCAGGCACUCCUGUCUUCCACUGCCUCCCGCAGUUUGGUCAAACUCAUGCUGGUAGCUUCGAGAACACUGUCCAACCAUCUCGUCCUCUGUCGUCCCCUUCUCCUUGUGCGCUCCAUCUUUCCCAGCAUCAGGGUCUUGUCCAGGGAGUCUUCUCUUCUCAUGAGGUGGCCAAAGUAUUGGAGCCUCAGCUUCAGGAUCUGUCCUUCCAGUGAGCCCUCAGGGCUGAUUUCCUUCAGAAUGGAUAGGUUUGAUCUUCUUGCAGUCCAUGGUACCUCAGGUUACAUUUGCUUCAGGUUACGUACGCUUCAGGUUAAAGACUCCGCUAACCCAGAAAUAGUGCUUCAGGUUAAGAACUUUGCUUCAGGAUGAGAACAGAAAGCGGGCUCUGGCAGCGCGGCAGCAGCAGGAGGCCCCAUUAGCUAAAGUGGUGCUUCAGGUUAAGAACAGUUUCAGGUUAAGUACAGACCUCCGGAACGAAUUAAGUACUUAACCUGAGGUACCACUGUAUUGCCAGAGCAGCACCCAGCAGGACUGAACUCUGUCAUCAGCUGGUGGGAGGAGAGUUCAAUCCUAAACUCUCUGGGGUCUGCUCACCAGCUGUUCAGUAGGCGUUAUCCUUCUGUUUCAGCUGUGUGCCCGGUCUCUGUGGGGAACUGGGGGUCGCAGCCAGCAUAGAUUUGAGCCCUACCACCUGUCCAUCAUCAUCCGACGUCACACGGUGACUUGAGUUGAUUGACAGGUGGGUGUGGUUUUGGAGAAAUGGCCAAAUUAACCCCUUGGCCGGAAGAAGAGUUUGGAUUUGAUAUCCCGCUUUAUCACUACCCGAAGGAGUCUCAAAGCGGCUAACAUUCUCCUUUCCCUUCCUCCCCCACAACAAACACUCUGUGAGGUGAGUGGGGCUGAGAGACUUCAGAGAAGUGUGACUGGCCCAAGGUCACCCAGCAGCUGCAUGUGGAGGAGCGGGGAAGUGAACCCGGUUCACCAGAUUACGACUCUACUGCUCUUAACCACUACACCAUACUGGCUCUCAGUAUGAUGAUGGCUCUUCGUGAUAGAAGUACUCCAUCAUGCACAAACCCCAAGAAACAAAUGAGGGCUGACCUGUGGUGAAUUCAUCAAGUUCAGAAUCUUUUUUGGUUAGCAGAUACAACGGUCCUAGAAACCCGAAAGGCAGCAGAGGUGUUUUCGGGUCGCAGCCUAAGACAUCAGGCCUUUGUCUUGCCAAAUGCAAGGUGGUUCUUUCAAAAUGAGAUUCAGAAGUAAUACAAAACGCCAAGCACUUCAAUCUGCCACUUGUAAGCCCUCAAGAAACGGUGAAGUGAGUCCCCCAGGCAGCCUCAGUUUGCACGGCCCUGCGGCAGAUCACUCCGUGUACGAGCUUCUCAAAAACUCUGCCCACAACCAUCCGAUUUAUAGUUAGUAGGUUGUGUAGCUUGUCUGACUGGCUAUGUGCAGAUCAUCAUUAGCCACCUACUCCCAAUGCUUCACUUUCCCAAAACAGCGUCCAACUUCAAGAAGGUACCUAGCACUAUCACUUCCUCCCAGCUGAUUAGGACAAUAAAGGCUGUUCUUCGUGCCAUCAAAUAACUUAACAAGAGACAAGGGGAGGGGGAAGAAACUGUUAGGAUUCUUUCUCCAUGUUUGCAGUCAUGGGAUUGUUGUCUAUCACAUGAUAGUGUCUGUUUUCAUUCCACAGUGUGCGAAGUGAUAGAGACAGGAUGUUUUGGUAUUACAGUGGUACCUCGGGUUACAUACGCUUCAGGUUACAUACGCUUCAGGUUACAGACUCUGCUAACCCAGAAAUAGUGCUUCAGGUUAAGAACUUUGCUUCAGGAUGAGAACAGAAAUCGUGCUCCAGCGGUGUGGCACCAGCAGGAGGCCCCAUUAGCUAAAGUGGUGCUUCAGGUUAAGAACAGUUUCAGGUUAAGAACGGACCUCCGGAACGAAUUAAGUACUUAACCCGAGGUACCACUGUACUGUGUUCUGUGAAGUGGGACUAUUGUCCUUUGUUCCUUUUCUCUUUGCUGUCUGAUGAGAAAGAGGAAAGAGCUAAGUCAGAAUGCUCCAAGUGUAUUAUAUGUAAAUAAAAGUAGAUUAGCCAAAAUGCUGUGCUACUGAGUUCUGUUACGCAAACUGCCAAUACUGCAGGAUCGUAAGUGUUCUGAUGCCUCUAGGUAUCAGUCGCUGUGAUGUUUGGGCUGAAGAAAGCUUUUAGGCUCCCGAACGAUCGACCAGGAGGAGAGAACAUGCUAUCGGGCAUGUGUCUCUGCCAGAGUCCUACACACAGUAGAAGCAGAGCCUAACCGGAACAGAGGCAGGAAGGAUAACCAUGUCAGAUCACUAACUCCUUGAAAUACAAUUUUCUUCCGGAUAGCUUGCCCAUACACACUUUCCCACCCCGGUCUUCUGAAAGUGGCUGAAGCCCCUUCUCUUUUGCCUUCUCCUGCAGCGAUGGCCCAAUCUGUCGAAUCUGCCACAGGCGGAAGCGGAGAAGGCCUGCUCUCGCCCUGCGAUUGCACGGGCACCUUGGGGACCGUCCACAAGAGCUGCCUGGAGAAGUGGCUUUCCUCCUCCAACACGAGCUACUGCGAACUGUGCCACACCGAGUUUGUCGUGGAGCGGCGGCCCAGGCCCCUGAUCGAGGUGGGUUGCGCCUCCCUCACUUGCCGCAGGGCACGAUCUCCGGGCUAGAGGUUUUGAGUGGGAAAGAGAAUGACAAAUCAGUUUCUUUGGAACACUUGCAUUCUGCUUUGUCCCUGGGUGGUGCCUUGCAAAAGAUUCUCAAAAUGAAAUUGUGCUCAGGUGUUAUAAAAGGAACAGGAAGGCAUGAUCUCUCCAUGGAACCGGAAUAGAUCAGGCAGCGCUCCCUGCCCUCUGCACAUCAGAGGUUCUCUCUAAGGUCCUCUGAGGCAAGGGAGUGGGGCUGGGCGGCUGGAGUUAUCUCAGCCCAUGGUGGGAGCAGUCUUCCCUUGCUGGUAGUUGAUGAGAAACACCGAUAGGAUAGGCAGAUACACAUACUUGGAAGCUCACAAAUGGCAGCUGUCAAAUAAAUUUGUGAGCAACUCCUUCAUAGCCUGCAAACCUUCCACCCCAUCGUAAAUGAAUAAUAAUGCAGCCUCUGGACUGCCGGUCAGUGAUUUCUGUUAUCUCCUUAAGCACCCUUUGCCCCCCCCCCCCAUGUACAUAUUUACACCCCCACCACAUGUGAACAUAAUUCCCCGCUUCCCGGCAUCCCCUCCAACAUAACACCGGAUAUUCCUUGUUUAUUUGAUUUCAAAACCAUUUCCAACGUGUUGCUGGACAGCAGGAACGCAGGCAGUUGCUUGCUCUUGAUUUAGGCUCAGGCACCCUCUUUACUCCUGGGAGAUAAAACUUGUUUGGGACUAACAAGAUGGCUCUGAGAGUUCUCAAACAAGAGACAGAGCUUUCAGCUCCGUCAGCGUUCUUGUUUUUAUCUAAUGUGAAUACCAUCUCCAAACUACCCGUAUUUUUCGCUCUAUAAGACGCACCAGACCAUAAGACACACCUAGUUUUUGGAGGAGGAAAACAAGAAAAAAAUAUUCUGAAUCUCAGAAGCCAGAACAGCAAGAGGGAUCGCUGCGCAGUGAAAUCAGCGAUCCCUCUGGCAGUUCUGGCUUCUGGGAUAGCUGCGCAGCCUGCAUUCGCUCCAUAAGACGCACACACAUUUCCCCUUACUUUUAUAGAGCAAAAAAUACGGUAAUUUAUAAUAAUUUUCUUUUAUUCUCAUAGACAACAUUUUCAACGUGCGAUUCUUUCCCCUUCAUUCUGACAAAUUAAUCCCCCUCUGUCUUUUCCUUCCUUCUGUCCAGUGGCUGAAGGACCCCGGCCCACGCAGCGAAACGGACGCUGUUCUGCGACAUGGUGUGUUUCCUUUUCAUCACCCCGCUGGCUGCCAUCUCCGGCUGGCUUUGCCUCCGCGGUGCCCAAGACCACCUGCAGUUCAAUAGCCGCUUGGAGGCCAUCGGCCUGAUUGCCCUGACCAUAGCACUUUUUACCAUCUAUGUCCUUUGGACACUGGUGAGUGGUCACGCCCGUUUUCCUUCUCGGGGUUCUUCUUACACUAAAUCAGUCUGCUCCUCCUCCUUACUAUUAUUUGGGGGCAGGUUAUGGGUCAGUGAUAGGGAUGUGGGUGGCGCUGGGGGGUUAAACCACAGAGCCUAGGCCUUGCCGAUCAGAAGGUCAGCGGUUCGAAUCCCUCGGCUGACUGGUUGAGCUCCCAUUGCUCGGUCCCUGCUCCUGCCAACCUAGCAGUUCGAAAGCACGUCAAAGCGCAAGUAGACAAAUUGGUACCGCUCCGGCGGGAAGGUAAACAGCAUUUCCGUGCACUGCUCUGGUUCGCCAGAAGCGGCUUAGUCAUGCUGGCCACAUGACCCGGAAGCUGUACGCCGACUCCCUCGGCCAAUAAAGCGAGAUGAGCGCUGCAACCCCAGAGUCGGCCACGACUGGACCUAAUGGUCAGGGGUCCCUUUACCUUUACCUUGGGCAAUUCCAAACCUAACCCUGAUUAUUCUUGCUCUCCUUCCCCACCCCGCUUGUGACCCCCCUCCCACCCCGCCGGCCAGGUUUCAUUCCGCUACCAUUGCCAGCUGUACUCCGAGUGGCGAAGGACCAAUCAGAAAGUCCGCCUGAUGAUCCCGGACUCGAGGAACCCGCACCCUGUCUCGCACUCGCUGCUCUCCGCCAAGCUCCUGAAGAAGAAGGCCGACGAGACGACCGUAUGAGCCAGGAGCGGCCCUCUGUAGGCGAGGGGGGCCCUCCCCUUGCACGGGGCGGGGGGCGGGGAGGAGGGAGAGAGAGAGAGAGAGGAGAGCGGGAUAGCACUUUCUCCCGCCCACAGCAGCAAAAGACUCGCCUAAACAAUCAGCCCGACCAAAGGGGGAAUCUUGCCACUUGCCCCGUUCCGCUGCGGCGAGAACACAGAACGACAACCGAGCCCCCCAGGGGUGUGUGCAAUGAGCCUGGCUGGCGGUGGGCCCUGUGCGCCCCCCGGCCAGGCUCCGUCUUCGAGACGAAACCUAGCAAAGGAGAAAGAGAGCCUCUCCCUAUAUCCAUAUAUCUAUAUUAUAUUACCAUAAUUGUUGUUAUUAUUACUAUAAUUUUGUCACUCUUCUUAAUUUCCACGCCUGGUGUUGUCGCUGUUGCUGCUGUUGCUGUUUGUGUCCAGGCCCCUUUUUUUAUGUCGUCCCAACAAACGUCCCCGCGAGAGAUGCGGAGAGGCCACCUGCCCAUUGCUGCUGCUUCGACACCCCACCACCACCACUUUGUCGGUUUCACCCGGUGGAGCAUUUGCUGUGGAGGUUUCUCACCGCCGCCCGACUUCUCCUACGCAGCAACCGCUGCGGCUGCCGCAUUUCGGGGAAGGCUCGAGAAUCGAUGA